AGCUUAUCAAUAAAAUAUAUUUUUAUCUUUUAUUUAACCGGAUAAUGUUUUGGGAUGCUUCAAUUGCAGAAAGGAGUUUUGCCAAGGAGUAUGAGUAGCAAGCAACUUGGUUAGGAGAGGAUGAACAAGGCGUUGGUGUGUUAUUAUUUAGGUGAUAAGUAUUAAUUUUAUUUAUAUAAAUUUUAUUUAAAAAAGAUCAGAAAACUAUUUUCCAAUACGGACUGUAAAAAAAAUUGACGGUCCGCACCUCCAAAACAGCGUCGUUCCUCAUUUUAUCAGAAAACCCUUUUAUUCCUUCAAUUCUCUUCACACUAGUAGAUCUCAUUCUCCUUCAUCUUCUUCCCCUGAAGUGGACACUGCCCACAAUCUCCAGAAUGACAUCCUCUCUGGCACACUGACUCAAGCUGGAAGAUGGCUUCUGCUAAUUUCAAGCCGCUACAGAUACUCUCGGACUCCGAUACCGACUACGACUGCGACCACUCUAAUGCUGGAUCUGAGCUCUCGAACUCUAUCUUCAAAUCCUACUUAGAAUCGUCGUUGUCAUCCUCCCUCACCGCCGUUGAUCUUUCCAAGAUCCAAUCAUUCGUCACCACAUCCUCAUCCAGCGCUCUAUCGUGCCUCAUAUGCCUCGAGUGCAUCAGGCUCUCCGAUCCAACCUGGUCCUGCUCCUCGCUGUGCUUCAGUAUUUUCCACCUCCUCUGCAUCCAAUCCUCUGACCUCUCCGCCACCCGUGCCGCCACUCGCUUACCGAUGAUUGCCGAGACAACCUCCGAUCAGGCAACCUGGCACUGCCCCAAAUGCAGAUCCCCUUACUGAAAAUCAGAAAUUCCCAGAAAAUAUUUCUGCUUCUGCGGUAAACUCGAGGACCCACCCUGCGAUAAUCCCUGGAUUUUGCCCCAUUCUUGUGGGGAUGUCUGCAACCGCCCUUUGAAGCACAAUUGUGGACAUUUUUGCUUGCUUUUGUGCCACCCGGCACCUUGCCCGUCCUGCCCCAAGCUGAUUAGAAGAUGUGCGCCGCUGCGGAUUCAAAAAAUUUUCUUGUAACAA